UUCACCGCCUGUUGGAGCGCCGGUGACGUUCAGCCAAUCGGAUGGAAUGGAACGCCGUCCCUCAGGGCAACGCUGCGUUCUACACCAUGCGCUCCUACUAGUCUACGCAUGCGCGGUCCGUCUCGCUUUGCGGAAGAGGGCAUUGUUUUGGUUUUGAACGCUACUAGCUCCACAUGCAUGGCUACGUUGACUGUCACUGUCAUAUCUCUUCUGGGGAUUUUGACAAGGACAUAGAUGAGGUGGUGGACAAUUCAAAAAAGGCUGGAUUGUUAGCACUGUUAGCCGUGGCUGAGCAUGCUGGGGAAUUUGACAAGAUUAUUGAGUUGUCACAGAGGUUUCCAGGUUUUAUAUUUCCCUGCCUAGGAGUCCACCCUGUUCAAGAAGUUUCCCCAGAGCAACAGAGAGGGGCUUCUCUCCAGGAUCUAGAUGCUGCUCUACCCAUAAUAGAGAAAUACAAAGACCACCUUGUGGCCAUUGGGGAGGUUGGUUUGGAUUUUACACCCAGAUAUGUCAGCGGUGAGACUGACAAAGAGAUCCAAAGGCAGGUCCUCAUUCGUCAGGCACAGAUAGCCAAGGAACUGGAUCUCCCUCUAAAUGUUCAUUCACGGUCUGCAGGAAGACCCACCAUACAGCUCCUGAAGGAGCAAGGUGUCAAAAAAGCCCUGCUUCAUGCUUUUGAUGGGAAACCGUCUGUUGCUAUGGAGGGAGUGAAGGCUGGAUAUUUCUUUUCUAUUCCACCAUCAAUCAUACGCAGUGAACAGAAGCAGAAACUCGUGAAACAGUUGCCGUUAGAGAACAUCUGUCUAGAAACAGAUUCACCUGCUCUCGGUCCAGAAAAGCAGGUGAGAAAUGAGCCCAAAAACAUCUGCAUCUCUGCCGAGUACAUCAGUAAGAUUAAAGGAGUGUCGCUGCAGGAGGUGAUGGAGGUGACGACACAGAACGCUCUCCGACUCUUCCCAAAGAUAAAGUCUGCCAUCAGACCUUGACAAAGCCAUAAAAGUUUAUUUCAUCAGCCUAGAAUAUCUUGAAUUAUAUUUAAUGCCCAAGUGAUUUAAUGUGGAAGUCUGAUUGAAGAUGCCCAAAAGUGUAAAUUAAUAAAAAACAUAUAGUCAGACAAGGUGUAAAUCAGUCUUAAGCUAAAACACCUUUAUGUGAACUUUAUAACUGUACUUGAGUGCUGAAAGCCAUUUAUUUAUCUCAUUUAUUCUUAAAUAAAGGGAAAUAAGAUAACAAUUUAA